GGGGUCCUAUACCCAGGAGCAGGCGAGGAGAGGGACACAGGCUCGCACCACUCUGUCAGCAUGCAGGAGUUUGAUAUCAUAGUUCUGGGCACAGGGCUGAAGGAAUGCAUCAUCUCUGGCUUGAUGACUGUGAGUGGAAAGAGGGUUCUUCACAUUGACAGGAACCCUUACUAUGGAGGAGAAUGCGCCUCCAUUUCCCCCUUAGAAGAGCUCUAUAAGAGAUUCCAGGUUCCUGGUCCAGUGAAACCAAUAGGAUGUGGGAGAGACUGGAAUGUUGAUCUCAUCCCCAAGUUUUUUCUUGCCAAUGGCGAGCUGGUCAAAAUGUUGGUGUUCACAGAAGUGACUCGAUACCUCGACUUCAAGGUGGUAGAGGGAAGCUACGUGUACAAAGCAGGAAAACUCUACAAGGUCCCUUCCACCGAGGCCGAGGCAGCUAAUUCAGACCUCAUGGGCAUGUUUGACAAGCGACGCUUCCGAAAGCUGCUUCUCUUCAUCCUGAACUUUGAGGAGGGCGACCCCCGCACCCACCAGGACAUGGACCCCUCCAGCACCAGCAUGAGAGACCUGUUCAAACGCUUCGACCUCGGGGCCGACGUCAUGGAGUUCACCGGCCACGCUCUGGCCCUACACCGCACCGAGGACUACCUAGACCGUCCCUGUGUUGAUACCAUCAGAAGGAUCAAGCUGUACUCUGAGUGUCAGGCCCGACACAACAACAGCCCCUUCCUCUAUCCUAUAUAUGGGCUUGGGGAACUACCACAAGGCUUCGCCAGGCUGAGUGCAGAGUAUGGAGGGACCUGCAUUCUGAACAGAGAGGUGGAGCAGAUUGUGAUGGAAAGUGGGAAAGUGGUUGGAGUGAAAUCCGAGGGAGAGUUGUUCCACUGUAAACAGUUAAUUUGUGACCCCAGCUAUGUACCCAACCGGGUAAAGAAAGUGGGCCGUGUCAUACGGGUCAUGUGUCUCCUGAAUCAUCCAAUCAAAAACACCCAUGACGCCAGCUCCUGUCAAAUCAUCAUCCCUCAAACACAACUCAACAGGAAAUCAGACAUCUACGUGUGCCUGGUGUCCUACUCUCAUAACGUGGCGGCGGAUGGGACAUACAUGGCGGUUGUGAGCACCACCGUAGAGACCAGCAACCCAGAGAAGGAGGUGCAGCCGGCUCUAGAACUCCUGGAGCCCAUCAUGCAGAAGUUUGUCUCCGUCGGCAACCUGGUUGUCCCCAAUGAAGACGGCAGGAAGAGCCAAAUCUUUGUGUCUCGCUCCUACGAUGCCACGUCACACUUCGAAACAGAAUGUGAGGAUAUCAAGGAUAUAUAUCGCCGUCUAACAGGGUCCGAGUUCAGCUUCGGUGACCUACGCAGAGAACAGCUCGAUGAGAGUGAUGAAGACUGAGUGAUGCGCUGAUAUAGUGACCACCCCUUUACUUCCUGUUUCUGAAACUUAGGCUGUGUUCCAGGCCUUCUACAUAGCAGUCAGUCAUGUCAUAGACUGCACUGUUGGACGUUUACAUGAUAUGUGGUUUUGCAAAUGAAUCUAAAACCAAUAUAGGUCGACUGUAGACGGCCUGGAUCACAUCAGCAAAUGACUAAUAGGCUACCAGGUACACAUAAUUCCAUGUUAGCUUUCAUCUAAAACCCUAACAGACGGUGCUGGCAUUUUUAUUAUGCGAAUGUGGAGGAAAAGCACACUUUGGACAACAACAAAGAUUAAUUACAUGAUUGUUUUGGGAAAUAAUUGAGGUGCAUUUUAUCUGGGCUCACAGAUGAUUUUGUUACAACUUGAUUGCAUUGCCAGUGACUGAGACAGUUCCAUUGCAACUAGGUCAGAAGAAGCACUGCACAGAAUCACAGCAAGAAAUAUCUGCACUCACAAAAUGGAGGUGUUUCCUUCACCGUGUAUGUAAUAUAAGGAAUCUGAGGCUAAUGUGUAUAUGGUGUCUUCUUGGAGAGAAGUUGUUUUAACUGUUAACUUCUAUCAGAUCUGCAAAGGUUAACUGACUUUUGCUUGGAAGCAGCUCUUAGAUUUCGCAGCAUGCUCUACUUUGUAACUGUUGACCACAUUAUUGUCGCAUUUGUCGUCAUUGCAACUGGAGUAAUGUCCAUCUGUAUUUCUUUCCCAAUAAAUGUCUCAAUUUG